AUGAGCAAAUCAAACGCGAUAAUAGUGCUAGAUCGAGGUAAGAACACCGCGUGCACUAUCCACCUUCACGGAGGCACCGUGUUGUCGUGGAGGAUCGACAACAAAGAGCUGCUCUAUUUGAAACAGAAAGGGGCGUUCAAUGACAUCUCGCCUAUCCGCGGAGGCAUCAAUUUCGCCUUCCCGUACGUCGGGGGCUCCGCCAAAGGCCCGAAGCACGGUUUCGCCAGGUCCGUCCCAUGGAAACUUGAAGAGGGACCCACCACGCUGCCGGACGGGGACGUGGUGGUGGUGUUGAGUCUCGUACCGACGGGCUACACCAACUCCAUAUGGAACUGCAAGUUUAAGUUCACCUGCAAAGUGACUUUGGCCUUACGCAUGCUCAGAUACGACCUUAAAGUGGAGAACGUGUGUCCUUACUUCCCAUUCACGUUCACCAUCCUCAGACACUCCCAGUUUAGGUGCGUCGACGUGCGAAACGUCGACAUUUUUGGUCUAGGCAAUUGCAAGUACAAAAACUUGCUAGACAAAACCGAUAAAUGUCUCGAGUGGCCUUCGGAAGAGGUCAAAGUCAACGGAGAAUGUCGCAUGCUCUUCCUAGAAGCACCGACGGAGAUUCUGGUGCGCAACCUCAGACCGGGCCUGGAUCUGAAACUCACGUCUGACACCAAGGAGUUCGUCGUACACAAUCCCUGGGACGAGACCCACAAAGACGUCCCAGAAGAAUCGCAGCAUUACCCCGACGAAUACUUGCACCAUGUGGGUAAGGCGCGUGUUCUUGGGGUCGCGUUUGGUACCCUGAGGUACAAAUCUCUUCUAGGUGUGGGUUGCGGCGUUUUGAGCAACCCCAUUAAGCUGAACCCGUUGCAAGCGUGGGAAUCCCACCAGGUUGUGGAAGUGGUAGAUUAUAGGGAAUCGGGUGCGGUUAGAGUUUUCGAUAACUUGUACGAUUUUAUAAUGGACGAAUGAAACAUGCGGCGUUGCCGGUGUGCGGCGCCGGCAACGUCGCGGCACUUUAUCGUGAUUUUCGACGGGCCAAUUGGCUAUAAUUUGGAAUAAUUAUCGGAGAAAGGCGAACGCAAUAAAUGUAACCAAAAAAAAGGGGACUAUUGGUCAUUUUUUCGAGUCCAUCAAAAAACCGGGGCUCUUUAACCGUCGGCAACGUUGCCAAACGGGCGGCCGAAUCCUGUUAUCGGUCGGGGUGAAAGUCUCGUGGCAAUUUCAGCCGGGACGUCGAAAUUUUUUUUAUUUUGUGUCGGUUUCUAUUUUUAACGACCAAUCUCGUAGGUCAGUUAACUCGUAAAAAUAGAUGGAAUUCUUUCAGGCCCGUUCUUUUUGUUUAAUAUGCGGCGGCCAUAACGCAAAUCGAUUCUGGUUUACGACUGGGAAUAGCCAAGUUGGUGAAAUAUGUGUUUUCGUGUCAAUCAGCCAGCGCCGCUCGUCCGCCAGCCAAUAAAUUUUAACUAAUUAGUAAAAAAAAAACACAAAUGCGACAACGGCUUCAUUAACUUACUGUUUAAUUUGCCAUAUAUACAAAAUAAAGCAGUGUUCACCCGAAUGGAAAUGUUAUGUAAUACAAAAAAUAACUAACCUUUUACUGUUAAAUUAUACGCCAAAUGCUACAGGCAGGGGCUUCGGUGUAAUAAAUAAUUAUGUAAUAAAUAGUUAUUGUAUUGUACUGCUUCCUACGUCUAUUAAUUUUCAUAAUCAUUUUUGUAAUUGUGUACACAAUAUCACAAAAAGGAGUGUGAUAAAUUUUAAUGGCGUUGUAAUGAUUAAAAUGUAAUACCGCCGUGCUAUUGUGCCGUAUUGGAUUGCUUUCUUCCUCAAUUAAUAAAAGAAUUAAUUUUUUUAAUUAUAUUAAUGAGGAGAAUUUGUUUCACAGAUUUUUUGUUGUAUUGCUUUCUUCGUCAAUUAAUUUUAAUAAGCUCUUUUGUAAUUUUGGGCAAAAUAACACAGACCGUAAUCGAGAAAGUUGAAAAGAAAUUGUAUUAUUGACUGAUAGUUUAAUUAGGAGGUAUUGUAUUGCUUUAAAAAAAAAUCAAAAAAAAAUUAUUAAGGCUGAAAAUGUUAUUGCCGUCAUUAUUGUUAAUAGAUAGGGGCUUGGACGCCUCAAAAAAUCGUAAAAAAGUUGUAUUAACGGCGUAAUAAUAAUAACAAUAAUAAAUUGUCUUUAUUGUAAAUAAAAAUAUUACAAUAUAAGUUGUAAUACAAAAGUGGCCUCAUUCGGAAAUUGCGCUCUUCCAUGUAACCACAAUAACCAACACAACAGCACCAACACCAUAAUUGUCAACAAAAUACACAGCCGUAUAUACAUCGCAAAUACAAGGAGUAGACGCACAUCAUAAACUCAUACGCUUUUGCUAGAUUUCAGUUUAAAAAUAAUUAUCAUUCGAUUUCCGGACAGUAGCCAACUAAUCAAAACUAAAGAUCUCCAAUGUAAGUUAAAUAAAUAUAAAUAAAGCUAUUUCAAACGCCAUAUAAUAAAAUUACAUUAUUCAACCGGACGUAAUGUUAACAGAGAAUAUCGACAACUACAUAUUUCCGGGGGGGUAGAAGAGUUCCUCCAAUAAAUACCAUUAAAAAUGUAAUUAAACAAUUUGACCAGGACAAUAGAAAGAAAUUUUGAUAAAGACCCCAAUAUACUUUCAAGGUCAAUUAUUAAACUGUUACAUUUGACAUCACCACUUUGAGUUCUCCUUUUUUAAUUUUGAUAUUUCAUAUUUUUUAGAAAAUCCUGAAUAUUCUAUACCUGACGUUAAAAAAACAUCCGGAAAGUCCUAUAGUAAAAUUCAUGGAAGGCUAAAGUAUCAUAAGAUUCACCCGUAUAAGUUCCUUCCAAUACAAAAUUUAACCGACGAAGAUAAAAAGCAGAAGCUUGAAUUUUGCAGUGAAAUGUAUUGAAGAAAGAAAAUAAAAUAAUAUUUACGGAUGAGGCUUCGUUCACAACAGCAGGUGUAUUAAAUAGGAAGAAUAAACAUUUUUGGACCCCCAAUAAUCCACAAAAAAUGCAGGCAGUGAAAAUCCAAGGAUGGACAUCUGUAUGGUGUGGUAUGUUGAACAAUAUGGUGGUGGUAACAAUUAUAUACGAAGGAUCCUUGAAUGGCAACAGAAAUGGAACAGUUGUUAGCAAAUGUGUCAGUUAGGAAUUACAUCAAGAUGGCGCACCUCCACGUAAUGCCCAACCGGUUACCGAUUAUCUAAAUAAUAAAUAUAGUCCAUAGUCCGCAUCCAUAGGUGGUGAUAGAUUUAGUAGAUUUUACCCUAACUCGGAAACAGGUUAACCCAUUGGUGAAACAGGAUUUAUUAGAUUGCUUAAUAGUAUCUUUAGACCAAAAUUAUUUUGAACUUAAUGGACAGAUUUAUAUCUCUAAAGAAGGUUUGAUUAUGGGAAUAAGUGGGGAUAAUUUGGAAAAUAUCAUACUAGAACAUCCUCUAAGUAAAAGUUUUUUAUGGUGGUAUAGAUAUGUGGACGAUGUCUUUGCUUGCUUUGUUGGAACUGACAGAUAAUUGAAUUAUUUUUUAAAUUACAUUAACUCAAUACAUAAUCGUAUAAAAUUCACUAUCGAGAUUGAACAGGAUAACUCUAUUAAUUUUUUAGACUUAACUAUUACGAAAGUGCAAAACAAAUUCGAUUUUUCAAUAUGUCAUAAACCUUGACACACGGACACAGUCAUACAUAACAGCUCAAAUCACCCUUAUACACACAAAAUGGCUGCAUUUAAAUGUUUUAUACACAAACUUCUUAAUACGCCACUCUCAACAGAAAAUUAAAAAUGAAAGAAAACAACGGCUACAAUCCGUCCAUUACAGAUAAAAUUAUAAAUAAAAAACAAAUACAGACAACAGUAAACUCUACUUAUCCGAAACCAAAUACAGAACACGAACAAUUUAAAACAAUUACAUAGAUAGGAGAACCUAGUGAAAAAGUUUCAAAACAUUUGUCAAAAUGUGGUUUAAAAAUAGCUUUCAGAACUAACAACACAAUAGGACAAUAUUUAAAAAACAAUAAAUCGAAAUAUCCAAAACCCAAAAAUCAGGUGUCUACAGGUUGAAAUGUGGAUUUUGUCCUAAAAUUUAUAUUGGACAAACAGGUAGAUCCUUCAAGAAAC